AAAACCCCCAUCGAGCUAGGCUUGUUAGGAUAGCGAACACAGCCACCGUCGACAUGGCAACUCUAGAAGACAAGGUCACCAUUAAAGCCAACUGGCGAGUUUUUGUUGCAUGCGGAAUCAUAAUCCUGUCUCCGUUUCAAUAUGGCAUAGACUUUGGCUUGAUUGGCGGCCUGCAGGCAAUGCCCGGGUUUCUCAAGGUCUUUGGCCAUCCGGCACCCCACCUGCUGCCUAAGAUCGGCUGGAAUCUCUCACCGGUCCGACAGCAGCUCAUCUCGUCGCUCAUGACGCUGGGCGCCUUUGCGAGCUCCGUAUGCGCUGGCCCGGCCGCGGCCAUACUCUCGCGGCGCUGGUGCCUGUGGAUCGCGUCGGUGCUAUGCUGCAUCGCGAACGUCAUGAUGAUGGUAACCGAGGACAUCAAUGUGCUCUAUGUUGGGAGACUGGUGAUUGGGCUCGCCAACGGCUGGUUCAUGACCUUUUCGCAGUUGUACCUUCAGGAGACGAGCCCGGCAAAGUAUCGAGGGCUUUUCCUGGCUGCUUUUCAGUUUUGUACAUCUUUUGGUACCCUCAUCGGAACAGUCAUCAACUGGGCCACGGCCCCGAUCCCAGACAAGAAUGCGUACCUCAUCCCGCUGGGCCUGAUCUACAUCGUGCCCGCGAUCCUCUGCAUCGCCAUGUUCUUCAUCCCCGAGUCCCCACGGUGGCUGAUCCUCCAGAACCGCAUCGACGAAGGGACGACCUCGCUAGCCUGGCUGCGUCCGCGGGGCCACGACGUCGCGGCCGAGGUAGCCGAGAUCCGCAGGGGGAUCGACCGCGAGAAGGAGCUGGCCAGCGGCGUCGGCGCCUGGGACAUGUUCAAGAACCCCAUCGACAGGCGCCGCACCCUGCUUUCCGUCUCGGCCGUCGCGCUGCAGGCCGCGUCGGGCUCCAUGUUCAUCAUCGCGUACAAGCAGUACUUUUUCACAAUGGCCGAGGUGGCUGAUCCGUUCGCCAUGGGCUGCGUGCUCAGCGCCGUGGGGUUGGUCGCGCUCGUCAUCAAUGCCUGCAUCGUCGUCAAGUACGGGAGGAGGCGCGUGCUGAUCGGUUGGGGAUUGGUGCUGUGCGGCCUGCUGCAGCUCAUCAUCGCGGUGGUUUAUCAGGUUUAUGGGCGGUCGGUUCAGACGGGGAAUGUCUUGGUUGCGCUGUCGUGUCUAUAUAUGAUGAGUUACAAUGGUCUCAUUGCGGCCUACGCGUGGCUUUGUGGCGGAGAAAUACCUUCGCAGCGUCUGCGCAGCUACACGUUUGGUCUGGCCGCCGCAGUCGGCUUUUUCUUCGCUUGGCUGACCACCUUUACCGCACCCUACUUUAUCAACCCGGACUCUCUCAACUGGGGCCCGCAGUACGGCUACAUCUGGUUCCCAUCGGCCGUGGUUGGCGCUCUGUGGGUCUGGUUCUUCCUCCCAGAGACAAAGGGACGCACGUUGGAGGAAAUUGAUGAGAUGUUCGAGGCCAAGCUUGCGGCAAGAAAGUUCAGAAAAUACCAAUGUGUGGGCGCCGUACCAGAGGGGAAAAGAGUAGAGGAUGAGAUGGAGACGGUUGGUCAGGCAGAGGCUCACUCGGUCACUGUGGCUAGUAAAGCUGCAUGAGACUAUCUUAGCCAUGAAAUGCCGACUGAUGAUGUUGAUGGUAGAGGGGCUCAUAAAGAUGUGUUAUUUGGCUCAUGUGAACGUGUCAUGAUAUAAUAACUGAAAACCUUGUGGACCAAUGUCCCCUGUGGCCUGUCACUUUCAAAUAAAACUAAGGCACAUUAGCUUUCACGGCAACAACAGUUACAGAAUAGGAAAGCUCCAUUAAAAGAAGGUUAACUACUUUAUACACA